UGUAUGUUUCCUCUUUUCUGUAUUACCUAUAUGUCUACGAAACAUAAUUGAAACAUAAUUUAUCCAUUUGAUAAUAACACCUCAAAGUAAAGGCGGAAGGAAUAUGUUUACUGAUCUCUAAUUAUGUUUAAAAUAAUAAUUUUAUCAAUGGUGUUGAAAUCACAUCUGCAUGGAAAAACAUUCAUUAUUGUUUUCAUAAUUUUUAUUAUAACUGACAGUAAGUCAUAGAAUUAUAAUGCCGUAGACUUCUCCAGAUUUUUAUACUUUUUUUGUGAAACAAGAUUUCUUUAUGAAUGACGGAACAAACAGAGGUCGGUUGUCAAAUAGAAGACGAUGCAAGAAAUUAUACAGAAGAAACAAUAUCUGAUGAACAAUUAGAUAGGGAUAUACCUCAGGGAGAUGUAAGACAUCAAAAUACAGAACUUGAAACCAUUUUAAGUACACAUGGGUUGGAGAAUAUUUCUGAAAAUGUACUGGAAGUUCCACAGAGUCAAGAUGCAGCAAAGGAAAUAUUUCAAAACGAACAAGCAGAAAACCAAUGUUCACAUGCACUGGACAAAACGACUCAAAAGAGAGAACAAGAAGCCCCAUCGGAUCAGCUUGCGUUCGAAAAUGACAUCGGAACUCCCAGAAGUCCAGCUGGAUCUGAAGAAAAAUCCCCAAAUGCUCCACGGAGUCCACCCGUUUUUAAGUUUACUUCCGAAUGGUACUAUGAAAAUCCGGAAACAGAUAGUGAUUCCAGUAGUUGUGCAAUUAAAGGAGACACCCUGGAUCGCCGUUUAUCCAGGGACUCAUUCAGUGCAGAAUCCGAUGUUGAGUUGGAACCACCGCCGAUGUUAUCCGAAAGACGUAGUUCAAAAUGGAGUGCAACAAUUUUAUUUGUAGCAUCGGAAAUUCAGAUGAUUAUAGAUCUUGCCGAGUUUUGUCCUGACGAAGCUUUUUUGGACGCCCCCAAAAAGGGUGAUCCUAUAGGUGAUGAAAAUUCCAAUAUAAUGGCAGAGGAAGAUAGAUUGAUAGAACUGCAACCUAUAAAAGAUAAAUUUACAAAUGGAAUUUCAUAUGAAACUUAUCAAAUACCACCGCAUGACACGGUCAUUAUGAACGAAGUGUACACGGGUAGUAACGGUGAUAUUCCGAAUGAUAAUGAUCCGAACGAAGAUCCAACUAAAGAUCCAAAAGACGAAGAAACACAGGACUGUAACAGUGAAAAAGAUAAACAAGAGAGCCCAAAUGUAAAAGAUGACGGCGAAAUAAAAUUCCCAGUUGAGAACUGGUCGAAGAAAAGUGACUAUUUAUUAGCAGCAAUAGGAUAUUCAGUUGACUUGGCCAAUGUUUGGAGAUUUCCAUAUCUAGCUUAUAAAAACGGUGGCGGAGCCUUUAUCAUUCCGUACUUUACUGUACUUAUAUUUGGAGCCAUUCCAGUGUUCUUCAUGGAGCUAAGUAUGGGACAGUUUACACAAGAAGGACCAAUACAUGUCUGGAAGAUGGUACCGUUGUUCAAAGGUAUUGGUUAUGCCUCCUGUUUCAUGGCCUAUAUUGUAGCCUUUUACUACAAUAUGGUCAUCGCAUGGUCAUUUUAUUAUAUGUUUUCAUCGUUCACUACUGGGCUACCAUGGACGACAUGUGAUCACGAAUUCAACUCUGAAAACUGCUGGCAAAUUGAGUGGGAUUCUAACGAGACAUACUACAACAAAACGUACAAUAGUAAUACAUCUGUGUCGUCAACGUUCGAAUUCUUUGAACGUGGUAUGUUAGGACUACACAAAAGUACAGGAAUAUCUGAUCUUGGGAAUGUUAAAUGGCAAUUAGCGUUGUGUACAAUGUUAACGUUUACCAUUCUCUACUUUUGUCUAUGGAAAAGUGUUAAAAGUGCUGGAAAGGUUGUAUGGUUUACAGCUACAAUUCCCUACCUCAUUUUAACUAUUCUGUUGAUCAGAGGUGCCAUGUUGCCUGGUGCAGCAGAAGGCGUUAGCUAUUUUAUCACACCAAACAUGAGUCGCUUAGGUGAUCCACAGGUUUGGAUUGAUGCUGCAGUACAAAUUUUCUUUUCAAUUGGAGCAGGAUUUGGAACACACAUAGCUUAUGCUAGUUACAACAAAUUCAACAAUAAUUGUUACAGAGACUGUUUAAUUACAGCAGGUGUUAACAGCUUUACGAGUAUAUUCUCAGGAUUCGUAGUGUUUACCUAUUUGGGUUACAUGGCAACACGACAGCAUAAACAUAUUGAUACAGUUGCCCAAGAAGGACCUGGACUAGUCUUUAUUGUCUAUCCAGAAGCAAUUUCUACUCUACCUGGAUCAUAUGCUUGGGCCGUAAUGUUUUUCUUUAUGCUUGUUACACUAGGAAUGGAUAGCGCAUUUGGUGGAUUAGAAUCUCCAUUGACGGGUUUUAGGGACCAGUUCUACAGAGUAUUCCGUCACCGUUGGACAAGAGAAAUCUUAACUAUGUGCAUAGUAAUCUCAGCAUUUUUCUGUUCGUUACCUUGCACAACUUACGGUGGCAUGUAUGUAUUCAAAAUUCUUGAUACAUUUGCAGCAGGAACAUCUCUCCUGUUCAUCGUGUUAUGUCAGGUCACUGCUAUUGCAUGGGUUUACGGAGUAGAUCAGUUUUGUACUGAUAUACAUCAGAUGACUGGACAUAGACCAGGACUUUAUUGGAGACUUUGUUGGAAAUUCAUAUCUCCUACAUUCCUCAUGAUUAUUGUGAUAUCAAGCUUUCUGCAUUUCCAACCAUUAGUAUACAAAGGGAGUCUUGGGACUUACACGUACCCAAACUACGCUAAUAUAAUAGGGUGGACAAUCAGUGGACUUUCUAUGUCUUUUGUACCAAUAUUUGCAAUAUACAAGAUAAUAAAGACACCUGGAAAUUUACGAUUUAGAAUAGCACAGUGCAUUUCACCAAAGUGGGAACAGGAAGAAGUCCAAAGCGGUGAUAUUAAAAGAUUCAAGAAGCAGCACUGGCUGAAUGUCUAGCUGUAGUGUUGUCAUGGUUUAGAUAACGUAACCAUGGUAACCAGUUAUCUGUUGUGUUUUAUACUGGAUGUGAAACAGUGUCGUAAAAUGUCCAAACCAGGUCAUACCCGUAUAUGUUGUUGAUGUAUAUAUUUCGAUAGAAUCAUUCUACAGAAAAGGUGAUAAAGCAUGCCAAGUCAACUAAUGGAAUUCGAUUUACCAGCAUAUGUGUAUUUUCCAUUUGUGAAAAAUAAGACACAUUCAUUUAUUUGUCGUAAAAAUUAAGGAAUCUUGAGUAAUAAACAUUUAAUCAUGACUUACAGAAACUCUCGCAUUUCUUCCUGGGAGGUGCAAAAUUGUACAAUGAAAAUCGUUUAUCUAACCUGAUUAAAACAUGA